ACUGAAUCUGCUAUUUCCGGCACAUUUCACACAAUACAUAAUUUCUCAACAGGCGCUUAUCGAGCGCCGUGCGCUCCUCACGUUACCACGCAACAACCAUCCAUGGUCAUGCAAGACUGCGCGCGUUGCGUAAUGGGAGAAUCUCGGUGAUGCUGAUUCAGAGGAGUAGAGGCGUAUAACGGGGAGGAUGGAGAAUGGUGCAACGAUAACCGACACAUAUGUCAUUAACACGACCUCGCACAAGGACUGAUGCACCUCUCAAAUGCCUCGCGAACCGAGACCCUACAACGAUGUCAGAAAAUCAGGUAAAUGGCUGAAUCAAGUUGGGAGCUGCUGUGUCUCUGUCUGGCCGGCCAAUGCAGUGCGUAGGGACGGCCGCCCAGCCCGACGAAAACAUGAACGGAGCGGGGGAGCAGGUGGACAUCCUGCCCCCAAACUGCUUGGUAAAGGACCGAUGGAAAGUGCUGAAGAAAAUUGGCGGGGGAGGUUUCGGGGAGAUCUACGAGGCGUUGGACCUGCUGACCAGAGAGAAUGUGGCUCUCAAGGUAGAGUCAGCCCAGCAGCCUAAACAGGUCCUCAAGAUGGAGGUGGCUGUCCUCAAAAAACUGCAAGGGAAAAAUCAUGUCUGUAAAUUCAUUGGAUGUGGAAGGAACGAGAAGUUUAACUAUGUGGUCAUGCAACUUCAGCAGGGGAGAAACCUAGCGGACCUGAGGAGGAGUCAACCCCGCGGCACUUUCACCAUGAGCACCACGCUACGCCUGGGAAAACAGAUCCUGGAGUCCAUAGAGGCAAUCCACUCUGUGGGCUUCCUGCACAGAGACAUCAAGCCUUCAAACUUUGCCAUGGGUCGACUCCCCUCCACCUAUAGAAAGUGCUUUAUGUUAGACUUUGGCCUGGCUCGCCAGUACACCAACACUACCGGAGAGGUCCGACCGCCCAGAACUGUAGCGGGAUUUCGGGGCACUGUUCGUUAUGCUUCAGUAAAUGCUCAUAAAAACAAAGAAAUGGGUCGCCAUGACGAUCUAUGGUCGCUAUUUUACAUGUUGGUAGAAUUUGCAGUCGGUCAGCUACCAUGGCGAAAAAUAAAAGAUAAGGAGCAAGUGGGUCAGAUUAAGGAGCGCUACGACCACAGAAUGCUGCUCAAACACAUGCCAUCUGAGUUCCAUGUGUUCCUGGAUCAUGUUUUAGGGCUUGACUACUUUACCAAACCAGAUUACCAGUUGCUGAUGUCUGUCUUUGAGAACAGUAUGAAGGAACGCAUCAUCACAGAGAACGAGUCUUUUGAUUGGGAAAAGGGAGGGACGGAUGGAGUGCCUCUGUCCACCUGCACGUCAACGCCCCCUCAACAGAACACACGACAGACCCCCGCUGUGGUCGGGGUGGUGAACGUGACUCUGAUUCCUGGGGAGCUGCCGAGGGAGAACACAGAUGACGUUCUACAAGAUGAGCACCUGAGUGACCAGGAGAAUGCUCCACCUGCAGUACCUAGCAGGCCUUGCGAGGGGACACGACCCCAGGCGGAAGGCGAGGCGUGGAACGACACCGACUUCAACCGCAACCAACUCAGGAUCAGCAUCAGCAAGGGACAGUUGGCUGCGGAGGAGGAGCCUGCUAGAGGGGUGUGUCCUGAGGCCACUGUGGGUGGAGCUCCCCCAGAAAUGACUGGUGCUCAGGUCUGCGCUCUGCGGUACCGGAGGAUCAACAGCCCAGAGUCAGACCGUCUGUCCGGCGCAGAUGGGAGACCAGAUGUCUAUGAUAAACGAGGGUCUCGUAUGGACAUCCUGGGAUCCCCGUCCCGCUACGUACACUCCUCCCAGCCGGCCCAGAUGCACUCCCUGGAGGGAGGAGGUGGGGACCGGCAGGGUGGCGGUGGGAGACCAGGCCAGGAGGUCUCCGUUGCCUCCGCGGCUGACCCCGAGGCCCACAGUAACGCCUUCAUCCGGUCUGUACCACUCGCCGAGGAGGAAGACUUUGACAGCAAGGAGUGGGUGAUCAUUGACAAGGAGACUGAGCUCCAGGACUUCCUGGGUCUCCUGGGCCCGGGUGCCGAGCCCACCACCUCGGGGCCCACCACCGAUGAGGAGCCCGAGGAGCUGAAGCCCCUGGAUGAACUGGAGGAACGGAGGAGGUUACGGGGAGCUGUAGGUGGAGAGGUGGUGGUGAGGCCUAAGAUGCGAGCAGGAGGCAUAGUGGCACUUCCAGAAGGGGAGGGGUCUAAUGGGGCUAGUCCUGGACACUCGGGUUAUCACACUCUGCCUCAUAGCCGUGGACAAAGACCACGGCCACAGUCGGAGCACUUUGGAGCUCAAGGACAGGCCCAGGAGCAGAUCAACACAUACCAGGGUGGCAGUGUGGAGGACCAGAGAGAGAGACCUGACCUUACCAUGCUGGCCCAGCAUCGCAUACAUCGGGUGGACUUCCUCUCUGCCAUGCUCACCGCCACCCUUCCACCUCUCCAAACCUCUUUUGAGGUUGGUUCCGGAACCCUUGUUGAGCAGGAUCGUGAUGGGGAUAUGAAUGGGGCCGGGGUUGGGUCCAACGGUGUCGGGAGCCCCAAAAGUAGCGAGCACAGCCAGGAUGGUGAUGAUGGAGCGCCCUCUACUCUCCUUGCAGACGAGCCUCCUCUGGACUACCCUCACCUGGUCUCUGCGGGAGUGGGGUUGGGGGGUGAUCCGGACCUGGAGCUGGAGGAAGGCUCCAAGACCCUGGUGCUCUUCUCCCCUGGAGACAUGAGGAAGUCCCUUGCCGUGGUGGGCGAUCUGCCCCCUGACGAUACCGCGAGCCACCAGGGGACCCUGGCAGCCGUCACACCCCAGUGCGAGCGAGCCCUGGGAGCUCUGGGAAGCCUGCUGGACAUAUCUGAGCCAGGUACUCUGUCCUCCCAGCUGAAGUCCGAGCCCAAAUUGUCUUUGACAGCCGUCACUGCCAUCCUGAUCAAUAUGGCAUCCAAUGUGGUUGCUCCCACUAGCACAUCCCCUCCUUUCACCAAAGUGGAGCGUACAUUUCUCCACAUUGCCGAGACCACCCACCAUAAUGUGAUGAGCUCCUCGGGGACCCUGCAACCCAGGCUGCUGCUCCCUGGGCUGGUUGAGGAGCCCACAGCUGAACAGGAGGACUGCUUGGAGGGAGAGAAAGAGGAGGAUGUCUCCGAUGGAGAGAAAGAGAAAGGUAGAGAGAGCAGAUCCAAUGGGGACCUUUCAGAAAACGACGCUGAGAAGGGGACGGAGAGGGAGUCUGAAGGUGAGGUCCCAAAGACAUACUACAUACACAGGAGGCAGAGUCGAUCAGAAGGCUAUGUCUAUGAGAAAGUCGAGGAAGGGGACGAAGAGAACAGGUUUGAGGAGAACAUUCCAGAGAGCGACAAGGAGGAUGAGAAAGAUCCGGAUGAGGAGAAGAGAGAUGGUAGGUCCAAGGAGGAAGUUCCAGAGAUAGAAACCCCAGGUUCCCCAGAUGGAGACAUGGCUAAGGAGGAGGAGGAAGAGGAUGUUGCAAAGAAAGAGGUUGAGGAGUUAAUCUCUCCAGAAAAAGAGAAGGAAGAAGAGACGGAACUUGGGGCGGAGGCUCCGCCAGAGAUGCAGUCAAACCUCUCCUCUCCCAUUCUCUGUCCCUCCGAAGAACCUGAAGCACAGGAUGUCCUGGUCGUUUCCACAGAAACCAAGUUCUACUCUGAACAAGAGGAUACCCCUAUUGCCGUUUCCCCUGAGAAGGUGCCUGCCCAAGACGUGACAAUGGCAGAGAUGGAGAACCAGGUCCAGCUCAAACGAAACAUUGAGGCUUCUCCACAAGAAGAACCUAAGGACUCUGGUGAUCCAGAAACAUUGGCAGUGCACCAGGUAGAGAGCAAAGACGUGGCAGAGACUAGCAAACAAACCAGGCCUCGUAAACUGAGCCGAAUCCCGGUUCUCUCCCGGUCUGAGGAGGACACUGGCUCGGACCAGGACCAGUCGGCGGCGUCCCAGUCACUCAAGUCUCGUCAGAAGGCCAAGCGACCUCACCUAGCCCGGCUGGUCAUGGAAAGGACACAAGGUCGUAUGCUAAGACUGGCUUCUGUUUCCUCAGCUUCGUCUGUUGAUGAUUGCUGUAAAGCAGCAGCAGAGACUCAGUCGGAGGAAGACACCCAUGAUGAGGACGACUCUCUGCCCAGGAAGGAGAGGGGUGUUGGCUGGGAAAGGGAGAGGCGUGGCGGGCGUCAAAGAAGCAGGAUACCCCGUCCCGUCACGCCUGUUAAGCUGCAGGGUCCCUCUGUUACAGCAUCGGAUGCCAUCUCCCAAGCUGGCACCAAUGCUAGUGUCCAAAAGCCACAACUUUCAACUGUAUAUACUAGGCAUCAAUCUCACAAACCCAGGACCCCAAGCAUGAAUGUUCCACUGCACCAGAGGUCCCAGACUCUGCAAUCCCGACCUGGACCCGGGGCCGACUCCACCCUAUUCUCCACCUCCCGAACCCUGCGUGGGGUCAUCUUCCGAGCCCCUCACUCUGCAUUCCCCUCCCCCCGUAGCCUCAGCACCUCCCCCCGCAGCUACUCCACCUCCCGGACCGACAGCCCCUCCCCUCAGCGCCCACGACGGGGGGCUGCAGUCACAGAGGUCCGUAGGCAGCUCAUAUCUGUGCGGGCGCAGACUGCACUUCCGCUAAAACCCAGACCGCCUCAGACCGAGGACUCCUCCGCCACUGGGAUGACCAGAAGGCGAGGCAAAUUUUACCCAUCGUCAUCUACAUCCACACCCACUAAGGGGAAGUCAGAUGCUUCUGAGAGCAAGACAGCCACCAGAUAAUAUAGGCUAGCCCAGGGCAAUCUAUAUAUCAGUCUAUCCAAACCUCACUUCACACACCCCUUUAUCUACUGUAUGUCAGAGUAA